AUGUUUGUUUGUUUUUCUCCCGCCGCGUCAGGAGGUUUGGUCGGGCCGCCGGAAGAGCAGGAGUCUCUCAACUGUCUGUUUGCGAAGGAGCUUUGUGAUAAGGACGCCAACUGCUCAGCGCUCCUCAAGGUCAUCCCAGUCCUGUGUGGCCCUGAGCUAGUGGCGUGCUCGACGGUGACUGUGACGCGUUGUGAGGCAGCCCUUCGUACCCUCGCUCUCUUCCCUUGGUUCUCCCCUAACUGCGUGUGUCGCCAGGAACCUCGUCUAGCGCCUCAGUGUAAUGACUUCAGGGACCUUCUCUUCGACCACCCCUGCCUAUUCUUCUCCAGAAAAGACGAAGACUCGGUACCUUUGCCUCACAUUCCGGCGUGUGGCCGAGCCUCAGACAUCUGCAGAGACACACGUUGGUGCAGUUCCCUUCUGGACCGCUUCAGGGAGGCAUGCAAAUUCCGUGAUGGUCAUUGCCGAAAGCGAGACAGGGCGCGGUGUGUGGAGGCGUGGCGGCAGAUGCGAGACACGCCCCUGGUUGGCUGCAUCUGCCCUGACGGAGGAGACAGAAAGUGCUCCCGUGUUUACUCAAUGUUCAAUCACAACCCUUGUCUUGGAGACGAGUACCCGGCAAGAGUGGCUGCAAUGUCCAGAGUGUCGCGGCGCCUGGACACCUCCCUGACGCGGCAGGUGCCCAUCCCGACCUCCGCCCCUUCGCUCCUCGUUGUCUCCGCCUCUCAGACAGACCCACUCUACCCGCUGUCCACCAUCUAUCAUUACCUACAACACGUGCCGCAGACUGGUGGCGACGACGGGAAAACUUCAGUGGGGCAGGCAGAUAUCCUUGAGGACACCUGUGACGUGGCCCUUGAACACUGCCUGGAGGACGAGAACUGUGCAAGUUACAUGAAGCAGAUCCACAGUCACUGCAAGGCGCACUGUCACCCCGAGGCAUGUCGCAACGCCAUCCACGACCUCUACAAGUCACUGAGGGAGAACAGCGCCGACCUUGCUCUUGAAAUCUCCUUCUGUGUCUGCAGAGUUCGCGAGGACCGAGAGAACAGCCCGUGUCAGCAGGCCCAGGAACGCCUCCACCCGUCCUGCGCCCUCAACGUGGACUCCCUGCCCGUGUCCCAGUGCCACCACCUCGGCCAGGACUGCCGCACUGAUAGGGUCUGCAGGUACAGUCUGGAGCAGUACGAGGUGGGGUGCGCGUCUGACCUCCUGACUGGGGUAUGUGCAGGCAGCGUCGAGGAUUGCAGGGAGGGUGUGGUGGGGCUGCUAGGAACGCGUCUACACACAGCCUGCGAGUGUAAACAGGAGGGAGUGAGAGAGGUUAACCAGUGUCUGUCUUGGAAACGUCUUCUUUGGGGCAACCCGUGUGUAGUUGAAUCUCAGCUUAGUUACCUGAUGGAGAAGAGAAGAGAGAAGGAAGAGAAGGAGAUGAAGAGAAUGAAGCAGCAAGAGAAGGCAGAGGCGGAGAGAGUGAAGGCGGAAGAACUGGAGGAGGAAGAGAAGAGGAGGAGAGGAGAAAAACAAACUAUUAUAUUAACAGACAAGCUAAGCAGAAAGAAAGGAAGAGGAAGAGACAAGAUGGAAACUGUGGAGCCGCGGCGGCCUGGCGGGCUGAUCCACCCACUCCCCGAGGCUGAGGAGGGACACCGCAUCCCUAAACUCGGAGUGCUGGUGACCCUUGGGGAGGACACCGACCCCUUCUCCCCUCCCCCGCCCCCUCCCCCUCCCCCAGACUCCCCAUCACCCCCGUCACCACCACCACCACCAGCACCACCACCCCGCCACCCACUCCUCCUCCCACCACUACUACUACCACUUACUACUACCACUACGACGACCACUUCGACCACCACGACUACUACUACGACCACUACUACUACUACUACCUCGCCCACCACGACCCUUCCAGAAAAAUAUUGUAAGAUUGUAAGGGAAUGGGAGUCUCGCCCUCGUAUUUUGGAAGUGGAAGAGAGCACAAGGCUCUACGUGAAAGGAGAUAAAGACUGUACCGAGAUCUGCUUCUGUGAGAGUAACAAAUCUGUGAAGUGUAAGGUGCUGGGCUGCAUUGAGAACAAGCCAUGCGAGACGAGCUACGCCGUGUAUAACCACAACGCCCCAGCUUACCAGUACAACAGGGGCCAGUGCAUAUGUUACUCCGGGGACUUCAUCUGCAUGAGGCCACGGACGAAGGAUUACCAGCAGCAGCUUCCAAUGGGUCUCUUCCUUAUGGUGGGCUUCAGCAGGCAGGAGGAAGCCAUCUUGAGAGCCGAGACCAAUGGAGGAGUGUUGGAUGCUCUUGUUCCGCUCCAGACAAUGUUCAGUACUCUGUCUUCUGAGAUGGGAGAGGAGUGUCGCCUAGAACUUCUCCAACAUACCCAGGACAACUUGGUGCUUCAGGUUCGCCACGUGCAGCUCUCCUCAGGCAUUGGCGGCCACAACUACACUCGCUAUAUGCUGCAGGAGGAAGUGAACCGGUGCGAGAACCCCCUGAACGAGCUGGUGGACAUGAUCAACAGAAGAGACCACAGAAUCCACCACCACGUGCGUCUCUCCCUCUUCGUCUUGGCUGAGCUGAUAGACACGCUCCCCAACCCACAGCAGUUCAACGCCGCUCCUGCUCCUCGUCUGGGGCCCGCUGACGGCUGGGUGUGGGCGUGGAGCGUGGGCGUGGCGAUGGUGCUGGCUGGGAGGGUCGUGGGCGGCCAUAGUACAGGCUUUGGUAACUUGCAGGUGUUGGUGGAGAGCGUAGAGGAAGUUCUUGGAGGUUUCAGUCACGUGCUGAGGAGAACAAAGGCUGCUCUCCCCUGGGUGUCCUGCAAAGCCUCGUGAUGGCGGGAAAGUUUCAGCUCAAGAUAGAUUUUUUUUACACCAUCACCUUCCCCUGAGUGGAAUGUGGGAGUCGCGUGUGGAUGUGUGGAGGGGACGCGGGGGAGAGAGUUGUGCAGCGUGGAAUGAAGUGAGAGGAGCGAGUGAGAAUGUGUAGCUUUUCAAUCUCGGUGCAUGGAAACGUGUAUAACUUUUGUUUCGAUGGCUCAGGAUGAUAAACGCGAAAGAUGAAUCGUGAGGAAGGAGAUGAGAUGUACUAAGGUUUGUGUGUGUGUGUGUGUGUGUGUGUGUCUGGGUGGGUGUGGGUGUGGGUGGGUGGGUGUUACCGUUGUCCUGUCAAAGGUCUUAUUUUAAAACACUUUGCUCCUCACCCUGCUACUUUCUAAAGACUCAAAGUUUAAUUUGCAUGAGUUUUUGGGCGGUAUAUUUGCAGUUAUAGUAACAGAUUUAACAAAAUUGUACAUUAAUAACAAAAAAAAAAAAAAAACACUUGAGAACCUAGCAGAUCAUCUCUGUGCCCUUUGUGAAUAAUCUUGGUGUGAGAGAGCAGAGCGUUUCUGAAUACUGGCCUGACCACCGCGCCCCAAGCCGCAGCGCACCAACACCCGCCAUGCAAGUAAAUAAAGGAUAAAGGCAGCGAGGCUGGUGCAGUGCUUUAUAAUAGGGAUGUCUGAUGCUGUUCCUCGAUCCCCUCACCAUAGAGGGCAGCACUUGGGCGUCAGGAAGUGGUGUUUUUUUGCACCAGGUAGCAAAACAAGUGGAUGGAACAAUAACGCUGGCAAUAAAUGGACAAAUGCUACAUAAUCUCACUUAUGUGUCAAAACAGAGCUCAGUAAGUCUAUAUAGAGGUUCAGGUCAGCCUAACGAUGGCGUAUAUUCUUUUAACUGUGUCGGUGUUGCAUUUGUGUCAGAUGUAAGCAAGGUGCAUCUUCAAAACUGCGUGUGUCUUAUGCCCAGAGAGAAAGGAAGGAUGCACGUACUGGCUCUCCACUCGUUCAUAUAAUAAAGCUAUGUCGUGUAAAUGAGAAAGAAUAACCUAAUGACCCACGCGACUCACACGAGGGCGCCGAGCUGCACGUGUGAGUGGGUGGCUGGCGUGCGUCCGUCAGUGUUGCUGCUUGGGCCUCUCCGCCAUACAACACUCAAGCUAACGUUGUUGUCACAUGAACAAAAUCUCAUCACUUUUCUCCCCCUUACCCCUUACAACCCUACUCCGAAAAUGCAUAUAUAUAUUUUUAGGCGGUUUUGGAUCAGUAGUGUAUGACAUUUUGAAAUUCUUAACCUAUAAAUCAUAUAAGGUUGGAUCGCAUCGAUGUGAAGGGUGAGGGGGAAGGCGCCGCCAGCCCGUCGAGUCCAGACAGCCGCGUGGCGCACCGCUGUCAUCCGACGUCCGGCGCCCAGCCAUGUACAAACCUCAUCUUACGCUUAUGCUUUGUCUGUCGUAUAGCCAAACACUCACUCGGAACCCGUAAAUAAAGCGGUUAAAAAAGAACAAACAUACCAAACCAUUUAAGCUAUUGAAUGUGUAAUUGCUUGUCAAUCUCACUGAGUCUCCAUGAUUGUAUUCUGUCGUGUUCUGUUGUGGCCAAUGAUAUCCCUUGCUGUUAUGAUUAGGGGCACCGUGGCCCGCGUGGCUCGCAGGGCCGCGCCAGGACUUCAAGUUUUUAUCGAUUAUCUCUCGGCGUGUGUUAUCCAGCCUGACACUAACAAAUCCCAAGGCUAUGAAAGAUUAUUAUAUUUCAUUUCAAACUUUUCUUAUGUUGACAUGUUUGCUUGGAACGCUGACUUAUUAACAAACGUACCAAUUUGUGAACUAUUUGCAGUAGUCUAACAAAAGCAGUGAAUACCAGUUUUAGUCAAACUUUUUUUCCGUCAUUAGGAGGCAGCAAGCAUUUGUUUUCAUGGAAUUUUUUGGCUGUGAAAUCCCACCCCCUCACCCUCCCUUUGGGCCACGCCUCUGCCGGCUGCCCCUCUCCCCGAGGCUUGCAGCAUGGAGGCGUGGAGCGUGCCGGCGUGGGGCCCAACGAGGCGUCACCGUCUGCCCUGACCAGUGCCAGGUGGUCCUCAGGGCCUCGCCGUCAGCCGGAGAAUGGUCGCAUGUCCUUCACACGCCCCGACAACUUCACUCUGUGUACAUAGGUGUGCAUGUCAUGUUAUGUCCGUCAAAUAAUAUGUUUUACAAUAAAAACAAAGCAACUG